AUGGAGGAUGAGAUAGAGGAAACCCACCGCCAGCUCCGUCAUUCGGCCGCUCUCAUCCAGGAUGCUUUCGAAGGACUCAGUACGUUAAAUUCCCAAGAUUCUCAGCAUGCGGGCUCUGCCCAGGUACAUGAGCCAGGCGAGCCUGCCUCUCCCCGCUCGCCUCAUCGGGGGCUGCAUCCAUCUCUUGACACACCCUCUACUCCCACGACACCGUCUGGACAACAUGAACCCAACUCCAUGGACCCCGGCCACGACGUCAUAGUAAUCUCGUCGGAAGUUCCUUCAGUGCCUUCAGUCUCAAGCCCUCUCCCCCCUCUUCCUCCGUCGGCGUCCCACCGUCGCGGUCGCUCCUCGGACUCGACCCUCUCCACUCUUCGCGCCGAGCUCCUCGCUUCAACGCAGAAUGUACGGGAACGGGCAACCGAACUUGACGACCUGCGCCGUGCCAUUGCUCAAUACGCAGAGGAAAGGCAAAGACUCUUGACAAGCCGUCGAUCGUCUUCGCCGCCACAUGCCUCCGCUGCUGCUACUCCCGCGGCUAGAGAUGACAGGCGAACAGGACAAAGCACUCCAAAUGCAGACCGUCGGCAGCGUGCCCCCUCGUAUGCGCUUGGAAGCGACCCUUACCUGACCCAAGCUGUCUCCACAAUGCAAAGUCGCCAAGCUCUGCUGAAUGACUCUUUGCGCUCGCAAUUCGACCAGGCCGAGGCUGAAGGUGCCACUUUCCACGGAAUGAUGGUCGCCGCUCGUACGGCUGCGUCUCAACAUCCACCUACGUCGGGCUCUAUCGUGGAAUCCAGUGCGUCGUCGGCAUCGACCGCAAACAGCCAGGCGGGUGCGCCGCUACCGACCGUGAUCACAUCCCGGGUUACACGACUUGCUCUGGAAAUCCAACAAGACAUCUCCCGCAUCUCACAGCAGACAGAAUCCCUCAUGGCCUGGAUCAGCCGCACUCGUGCCGAGGCUGCCUUGUCUCGUGCCUCUGCAUUCGACCAUUCGUCAGCCCUAGACUCGGCAAAUACCACGGCCGCAGCUCGGGGCGAGUCUACUACAUACCCGCGCUCCCUUGGUAGAACACUGUCUUCCUGGACUCCUCCUCCGCUCCCAAGAACCGCCCGAACAACGCUGUCCCAGCAGGACGAGGACUCGAUCAUUCCGAGUGAGGCGUUCGCCUCCACCUCCGCCCCACACGCCCCACGACCGCGCCCUCGUGUCUCACAAGACGGUGGAACUCCUCGACCUCGUUAUAUUCGGUCCGGCCCUUCAGUCGGUGACAGCCCAAACUCGUCAGGGACAGAAAUCGGGGACGCGUACCGCCUACCUAGCGAGCAGAGUUCCUUUGAUUUCGUGCAGGACCUGUUGGCCUCACGAGGGAGAGUUCUCAGGGAGAGAGCGCUUCGUGGAGACCUCGAAAACGGACAGCACGACCGCAGGUGGGUUGCAGAAGACGCGUGGGUGGCGUUGAACGGGAGAGCUGACGCUGGAGGGUCGACGCGAACCCGCAGCUACCGCGUCCGUCACCGGUCCAACACGGACGGCGAUGCGACGACGGAGCACACCACGCUGAGGCCAAGACCCGAAGCGUCCCUAGGAUUUGGCGAGGCAGCGAGCGUCGAGAUGCGCGAAGACGUUGAGGACGACGAAGACGGGGGAGAGGAUAUUGCGUGGGUCCACGCUCUGUCGAGGCUGGAUCAGAUGUCAAGGCAAUCGUCGGCGAGGUUAGAAGCAACACGACGACAGCAUAAUGAAGAAGGGUCAAGCGUGGUCCCUCGGGGACCUCCGCGGGCCCCUGGGGUCAACAGAGCCACGAUGGGUACCACGAGACGGGCCAAUGUUGUGCCAGUAUGGUGUAAGUCCUUGGCAGAGAGUUCGCUGGGCGGGCCUUACUCAUCAUUGUACUACUCUACAGCUCGGCUUGUCCCCCGUUCUGGCCACAUUUCUGCAGGGGAAGAUGACUACGAACGGGACAUGGCGGCAAUGCGCGCUCGAGCCCAGAGUCUUAUCUCUUCCAUGGCAACAUCGCGCAGCCUGGGCGGCGUCGCGCUCCCACCACCCCCGCCGACGACGCGCCCGCUCACGUUCGUGCCGACGACGCAGGGCACCCCAGGCUCGCUCUGGAACGACUCGAACCCGCGUGUGCGCCUCCGUGCGGACAUCAGCCGGGCGUUUGAUCGGGCUCGAGACUACGUGCCGCGUCCGCCGAGCCCACCCGCAAGCGGACUCGGCGCCGAUGAUCGUCGGCGCACACCUCCAGCUGAACGGGAGCCUGAACGGGCGAUGUGGGGCUCGCCAGUGCCCUUCCACCCGAGCCCGCUGCCGCUGCCGCGUGUGGAGGACAUUGGCGGUCUGGAAGCCCGCAGUCGUGCCUUCUCAGGACCAAAGACUGUGGCUCGGCUUCCCCGGAAACGCGGGUUUACUCAAGCAGGCUGUUGA